ACCCCUUAGGCACUGGGGCAUGGGGUAUUCAAUGGGCAAGCUUGUUGACAAUGGGCAAGGCAUUGGGGUGCAUGAGUUUUAUUAGUAGCAAGCAAUGCAACAAAUAAGCCAGCCAGGUUUGAGCUAACAUAAGCAGAGUAGCAGACUAGCAGCCAAUUAAGUUAUAACACAGCCAUGACGAUAUCGAUGUGGUUCCCACAGUGAAAGUUAAUACAUCUCAUAGCGUCAACCCAUCGGACUAAUAAUAUAUGUAUAACAGCUUGCUGUGUGUGAUCCUUACUCAACAGGAGAACAUUACUCGGUUUAUAAUCACAUAAGAGUGGUUCAAGUCCAUCAUUCUCCAACGUUGCCUUGAAGGAUACCAGUCAUGGCAUUCAAACCUGGAGCCUUGUGUGCUUUGCUUCUUCUUGGGCUAUGCAGUCAACUCCUACUAAGCAAUGCACAGCCCGUAGUGACGCCCAGACCACUGCGUACCACUAUACCUACUGCAGCGCCACCAACUGUAGAAACAACACUACAGCCGCAAGGUACUACUACGUUACCCCAAAAUCCAAGUACCACUAUGGCGCCCACUGCAGGUACAACCGCAGUGCCCACUGCAGGUACAACGACUGCACCCACUGCAGGUACCACGGCAGUGCCCACAAUGGUGCCCACUGAAGUUGCCACAACGGUGCCCCCUCCUCCAAGCACUACAACCCAAGAGCCAACAACUACCCCACCUCCCUGCCCCUCCAGAUGCACCUGCAAUUCAAUGACGCGGACAGUGGACUGCGUAAUGGCCUCUCUAACAAGCAUCCCAUCUGAUAUACCACAAUACACAACCACAUUGUAUCUGAGCGAGAACAACUUCAAUCUUCUACCACGGGGAGCUUUUGCCCAUUUGCCCAACCUAAUAGCCCUGCAUCUGAUCUCUUGCGGAAUCCAGUCCAUAGCCAAUGGAGCUUUCAACGGUCUGAAUCAUCUCACAAUAUUGAGCCUGAAGGCCAAUCAACUCACUUCGGUUCAAGGAGUUUUCCAGGGAAUGCCAGAACUUCAAGAACUUGACUUGGAACAGAAUCGACUCGGUUCAUUAUCACAGUCCACACUAAGAGACUUUCCCAAACUCCGCGUCCUAGCCAUAGGCAACAAUGAUCUUCUGAGUGAAGUCAGCUCUGGAGCUUUCGACAUGAAUCCCCUGCUUCAGAGCCUAAGCAUCUCCCACUGUGCUCUCAGCCAGAUACCCCAGGAUGUCUUUCAAUCCAUGACAAUGCUCCAAAGACUUGAUUUGUCCGGAAACCAAGUCUUCCAAAUUCCUCCCAGAGUUUUUGAGGGACUUACAUCUUUGCAGGACCUCAUGCUGUCAAGCAUGUCACUAGUGGGCAUCAACGAAACAGCCUUUGUAGGACUUUCCCGACUGCAGACUCUGAAUCUGGGUUACAAUGAUCUGAGGAACCUGGACAGUGCUGCCCUUACCCCACUGAACUCUCUAAAAACACUUGUCCUGACAAGAAAUCCCUGGGAUUGCAAUUGUCGCAUGAGCCAGUUCCUGACCUGGUUGAAAUCAACUCAGAUUGACCACUACAGUGCACAGUGGACAUGUGUGACCCCACAAGUUUUACAAGGACAAUUUGUGUACACCAUCCAAGAAGCUAAUUUUGCCUGUGUCCCGAUCAUCAACAAAAGUCCUUCUUCAAUGGUUAUUGACUACCAGGGCUAUGUGUUCUUUGAGUGUGGUGCACGUGGUGAUCCAGAGCCUCAGAUUGAAUGGUACCGACCAGAUGGCAUGCAAAUAACGGCCACUAGCAAUGCAGAGAAUGUCUACACCACUUUCAGCAGUGCUGUCUUAGUUAUCCAAAAAGCAGAGGAAAUCAAUGGUGGUAACUACAACUGCACAGCAAGAAACAGUCAUGGCUCAGCGUCUGUACAGUUCUCCCUCAGUAUUAAUGGCAUUCCAACGACAACCCUUCCAACGACACCAGGAAACCCAACCACAGUGACGACAGAUACUCCCCCGUGUGCCUUCGCCCCAAUACAAGUCAAGGUUGGCAACAUCACGGACACCUCAGUCAAGAUGGAGUGGACCAGGUACAACAGUCCUUUCAUCAAAGGCUACAUCAUACAGACAACCGAGUUCGGCAUGGAGGACUCCAGCACUAAGUUGGCUGACGAAGAGGACACCUUCCUGGUAGUGAAAGAUCUCAAACCAGGAGGCGAAUAUAUCAUCUGUGUGACUGUCUUCCUUGAAACAUGCCCCAGUAUAACUACAGUUGAUCAGUGCGAAUAUCUGACAACAGCUGGCAGCGUGGAUGAUGGGAUGGCAGCGCUCGUGACUAAACACCGCAACGAGAUCAUCGGCUCAGUUCUAGCCACUUUUUUUGGGACCCUCCUCAUCCUGGCCUCUAUCUUUGUCAUCUUGUGGCAGUACCGCAAGCCAAAGUCUUACACCAAGUAUGACUUCAAAGCAACAUCAGAUUCAGCUCACUUUGCCGACUUGGAGGACGGGUUGGGAGAGAGCAGCAAGGCUGAGAUGUCUAAUCAGAUACGGUACACAGGGUCUCUCAACAAGGGAGCAGCAUUUGAUCAGGAUGAGUUUGACAGGAUGCAGCGUGCCAAGGACAUUCACGCUGCAGAGGUGUACUCAGUCCCACCUGAUGCUCUUCCUGUCUAUGGUACACCACAUGGAAAGGGCAAAGGAAAAGGGAAGGGCAAAGGCAAGAGAAACUCCCAAGCACCCCUCAUUGAAAUAGAACUUGACAAGAGAAACAGCGACUACAUGGUGCCCACGCCUACUAAAGAGGACGAAACCCCAAUCUCUGAAGCCAAGCUGGUCAGCAGUGAGCCCAGUGUUCCUGAAGAGUCAGAUGUGGGUGAAUUUGGCCAUCUGUAUGAGGAGCUAGACAGUCCUAAAUGCGACUGCGACCCUGUUAUGAAUGGAAUCAUUGAGAGCAACGGAUCAACUCACACCCACAACCACUCAAUGCAAAAUGGACAUGCUCGGAAUGGCUCUGCAAGCAAAGUCCGUUUCAGUCUCCCCGAUCAUGAAGACCAACAGGACACACAUGUUGCUAAUGGUGACAUAGCCAAACCAGAUCCCAUGGUUGUAUAAACUGCAUGAAAGAGCAACCAGUUAAUAUGACUUUUGGUUCUGACAUCAGCAAUGCAGUAACAACAUUUCAUGCCCAAAAUCAAUCUGUGUUUAUGAUGCUGGUGAG